UCUGAUCUUUGAACCCUUAAAAUUCAUUUAAACGUCAAUAAGGUUCGGAAUCUUUGUAGUUUUUUUUCGUCGUGGAAACGGUCGGUUAUGUCUUAUGUCGUCAGAGCGUUUGCAUACUAUGUAAGUAUUAUGACUCACCGAUUUUUUUCCCCCUCUUUGCCAAAACAACCGGUUCGCCUUCGCUUUUAUUUCACUAUGUAAUCUACCCAUAAGCCUGGAAGAAACAGUGCCCAGUAGUGUUGGUGGAAGAAUUACGAUAAGACAUUGUACACAGCUUUUAAAUCAAAUCAAUACUACGAUCAUUUCUUAUUAUUCUGUUACUGAUUGUGUUCGAGAUCUAUUCCUAUUACGUGAACAAGUGAACUUAUCGCGAGUUUAGGUUUCUCUACCUAUUGUCUGAGAACAUUUCAACCUACAAUCCGGCGUUAUUUUCCAGAUCAUUCGACAUCUACCUACCUUAAAUUUCGCAAUAUGCCUGACAUCAAAUCAGAGACUGUUUGCGACCUGUGUUUUCGUCCACUCACAUCGGAUAGUCCCAUCAAGGAAAAUGCAACCGAGAAACAAGAUGCAGUAUUCAUGACUAGAUGUAUGCACUUCUUCCAUAAAAGUUGUCUAUUGGACGCGUUUGAAAAACUGCAAAACGUCAACGCUGACGGCGAUAAGAUACUCUAUUGCACACAUAUGGGCUGCUCCAGACCAAACUCUCCCAAUAAACAAGCUUGCCAGAUGGAUAUUUCGAAGGAAAAUGAAAACGUUAUGCCCAUUCCAACAUCUUUAAACUCCGAACAACAACAAAUUUCCGAAUUAAAAGCCAUCAACGCAGCCUUACACGAUUUAGCAGAGAGUUUGAAACAACGAUUGCUGAAUGCUGAAAAUAAAAUCACCGAACUUACGAUGCAAUUGCUGUGCACGAGAGGUAAAUACGAACGUCUGAUCGAAUCUACAGUCGAUAAUAUUGUAUUACGUGGUGUAAAUAGAAAUAAUCCAACUCCAACUCCGCCUGGAUUAUCGAGUAUUUUUAAUACUAAAGCUGCAGCCGAAACCGUACCGUUCCUAGCACCGAAUCUGAACCUAUAUUCAGCUCGAACCGAAACCGUAGCCGAAAAUUUACCGACGAAAACUCUCGACUUGUUUCCAUCGAUUUCGAAAAUGCUCACGAAUAUCGACUUGUCAUCUACUGAUAAAUUGAAACAAGAUACACGAACGCCUGUAUUCGAUGAAAUAUUCAAAACAUCAGAAGCUAAACUACUCGUAGAUGAUCGAGAAAGAUAUCGAAGCUCCUACGCUCAGGCUCAUCAAUCCAUUCCAUUGAAACCGGUAACUUGCAGGUCUACGAACGAUUCACGUAAUGUAGAACGAUGUAACGAAUUACCAAGUAAUAAUCAUGGAAGAUUUCAGCAACGAUUUCUGCGACCACCUCCACCAUUUUAUCCGAAUCCGACGAACGUCUAUCCUACGAGUAAUGCUUUUACGAUAGCAGGAUUUCAAAGUCCAGAAGGAGUUCUAUCUGCAGCGAUCUGCGCCUACAACGUAGUAAUUCUAGGCGACGUUCAUGCUCUUGGCUUAGCGAUGUGGCUCACUCACGACCAACCAUAUCGAGAGCAUCUGUAUAAAGAUUUUUAUCGUCGGGACCUUCGUAUUCGUGAUUUAAUUACGAUACUCGCCAGAUUUCAAAGAUUACCUCCCCGUCUAAUGAUUUCAAUCGGUACGUACGAUGUCGCCUGCCGAACAACUAGCGGAGACUUCUUCGAUCAUAUGGUCAAACUAGCUCGAGUACUCGGUAACAGAAACGUACGCGAAAUUUUCAUCCUACCUCCUGUUGCAUGGCAAGGUCAAGAUGAAACCGCUUAUAACGAAGUGAUUUCAGCGCUUGAAUUGUAUAAUUGGGAUAAAUGGAGGAAUAUCGAGUAUUUUGUAGGAUAUAAAUACGUACAAGAUUUGGAAAAGAUACCACCUCGAGUCUGUGAUGAAGUAGGUCCGUAUCACGAUCGUGAUCUGUACUUACUGGUUGGAAAUCGAAUUCGAGACGACCUAUUUAUUCCGUUGGUGAAGAACGAAUUACGACCUUUUAGUCAUCCUAUUACAAUGCUUGAAGAUGAAUCAACUGCAGGUGUUGAAAUGGCAAACGUACUCGUACCUCAUCCCAUUCUCAGUCAACAUCAUCAGAACGUGAAACAACAUCCCAAUUGUGAGAAUUCGGCGACGAAAUUAUUGCAACUGCAGCAAUCAUCUAAGACAUCGUCGUGUAAUUCAACUAUCGCUACGAGUACGAUGAAUCCUCCACCUGGCAUUUCUCCUUCGGUAGCGUCGUUUAUGCAACCAGUGAUGACCUCACAAAGUAUAACACGAGCAGGAGUAUCCCAGCAGUCUGAGCAGUCGAAUCAAUUGAAUCCGCUAGCUGUACCAUUUCCAGCUCCUGUACCAAUCGCAAUGCAAACCAUUGCCGAAGAUGUGGAGGAGGAGGACGUAUACAUAGAUCAGCAACAUAUCCAUGAUCUUACGAAAAAUACGCCGGAGCACUAGAGAAUGAAAACGAUAAUAUCGAUGUGUUUAAAAAUCAUGGUCAAACACGUACCUACCUAUUAUUUUGUCCGAUUAUUUGAUAUUGCUUUUUUUUCUUCAAAAAUCCAUUUCUGGAUAGAUUUUGUGAUGAUUUAAAAAAUAAUUUUUGUUUAAUUUUUUAGUAUAUAUCGAGUACCUACUUGUACGUUCUUAUUUUGUUGAUUAUAAUAUGUUGUGAGUGAC